GCAGCCACCUGAGCCCUCUCCCGCCUCCAGUCUUCUUGACACUGUCUUGAUACCGGGCCAGGGUUGGGAGGAGGAGGAGGAGGAGGAGGAGGAGAGAGCGCGGCAGAUGCUGUGCAAGUCCGCGCUCACUGUAGCCUAA